CUGCACAGACAGAGGGGCGUGGACAGACCAGCCCCCAGGGUCUGCUUCUUUGCGGCUCUAAGGUCGAGCACAUUCGGGAAAGACUCAGUACUCCAGAGUGGAAGCGUUUUUGUGAGAGCUGAAGCAAGUGUCUGACCUCAUCAAAAUGUCUCUUUCUACCAAACUCACCUUGGACAAAGUAGAUGUGAAGGGGAAAAGGGUGAUUAUGAGGGUUGACUUCAAUGUGCCCAUGAAGAACAAUCAAAUCACGAACAACCAAAGGAUUAAGGCUGCAGUCCCCUCUAUCAAGCACUGCCUAGAUAAUGGAGCUAAGUCAGUGGUGCUCAUGAGUCACUUGGGUCGCCCUGAUGGGAUUCCCAUGCCUGACAAGUAUUCCCUGGAACCCGUGGCUGCUGAACUGAAGACACUUCUAGGGGGGGAAGUGGUGUUCAUGAAGGACUGUGUGGGGGCAGAAGUGGAAAAGGUCUGUGCUGAUCCUGCUCCGGGGACCAUCAUCCUGCUGGAGAACCUGCGCUUCCAUGUGGAGGAGGAGGGCAAGGGCAAGGAUGCAGCAGGAAACAAGACCAAAGCAUCUCCAGAGCAGGUGGAGGUUUUCAGAGCAUCCCUGUCUAAACUAGGCGAUGUAUACAUCAAUGAUGCAUUUGGAACUGCACACAGAGCUCACAGCUCCAUGGUAGGUGUGCAGUUACCCCAGAGAGCUGCUGGAUUCCUCAUGAAGAAGGAACUGGACUACUUCGCCAAGGCACUUGAGAACCCAGAAAGACCUUUCCUUGCUAUUCUGGGAGGGGCUAAAGUUAAGGAUAAGAUUCAGCUGAUUAACAACAUGCUGGAUAAGGUCAAUGAGAUGAUUAUUGGGGGUGGCAUGGCUUUCACAUUCCUGAAAGUCCUCAACAACAUGGAGAUUGGUACCUCCCUCUAUGAUGACGAGGGAGCAAAGAUCGUCAAGGACUUGAUGGCCAAAGCGGAGAAGAAUGGAGUGACCAUCACGCUGCCUAUUGACUUUGUCACUGCUGAUAAGUUUGAUGAGAAAGCUGCCACUGGGACAGCAACUGUGGAAGGUGGAAUCCCUGCUGGUUGGAUGGGCCUGGACUGUGGCCCAGAGAGCUCAAAGAAGUUUGCAGAAGCCGUGGGGAGAGCCAAGCAGAUCGUGUGGAACGGACCUGUAGGAGUGUUCGAGUGGGACAAAUUUGCCAGUGGAACCAAGAACCUCAUGGAUAAAGUGGUAGAGGCCACUCAGAAGGGCUGCAUCACCAUUAUCGGUGGGGGUGAUACGGCCACCUGCUGUGCAAAGUGGGACACCGAGGACAAGGUCAGCCACGUCAGCACUGGGGGCGGAGCCAGCUUAGAGCUGCUAGAAGGUAAAGUCCUGCCUGGUGUGGAUGCUCUGAGCAAUGUCUAAAGGCCCAGGGGAGAGGAAGAUCCUAGCCAUGAGUUUCAGUGCACAGCCCUAGGGAACCUCUUACCAUGAAACGCUUAUCUAGUACUGCAGUAGCACAAAUGAUGAAUUCCUCCCUCUGAACUGCGCAAGGGUUACAGAAAAGCUUUUAACUUAACUUGAAAGACACCUGAAAAUGUGCUAAGACCCACUCUAGAGCACUUAACUGAGGAGGGGGGAGCUUUGCUGUUCACUCUCAAGCUGCUUUUUAAAAAUAAAAAGUCUGAAAGCAACGCAGAACCCCUCUUUGCACUUUGCCUCAUUUCUCAAAAGGGAGAUGUUCACCUGAGGCAGCUGCUGGUUUGGAAUUGGUCAUUUGUGAUCAUGUUUAUGUGUAUAUGUGUGCCUCACUUGUUAGCGUCUUGGAGAAGAGAAAAAAUCCAAACGUUUGUGUGUUGUAACUCUAGAAUUUAUAUUUUGUAUCUUUUUGCCUCUAUCAACGGUUCAGUCUGUACUAAACGCCACCCCAUGAGCAUCUGUCUUGUUCUUUGGCCACAGCUUGUAGUUCUUUGGUUGAUAAGAUGUCUGGACAAAGUAUGCAGAUGAAAUAAAAAGGAUCAGUGUAAAAAGUCA